UUUCCUUGUCCAUGAUCUUUAUAAACCAUAUCACCUCCCCCUCCCUUUCCCCCGCCCCCGCCCCCGCCCCCGCCCGCUACGAUGGCUUCCGUUCAUUUGUCCGCUUGGGCUUUCUCUCCCAAUCGCAUCAACUCCUCCGCCCCCUCUUUCCCCAAAUCCCUCCUCUUCCCACCGAGAAGACGCGAAUUCUUGAGACCCAUCUACUCUUCUCCAAGCGAGGAAGCUCCGGAAGGACAGGCUUCCGAGCCCUCUGACCCGCUGAAGCUCGCCUUUGCCAAGGCCGAGGCCUACAAGAAGGAGAAGAAGAAGUCGACCCAAAUCCCGGAACAAAACCCUGUCCCGAAGUCCACUGGUGGUGCUAAUGCGAGUGGCGACCCGGACUCGGAGGUCCCAGAAGACGUCAAGCUCGCUUUUGAGAAGGCCAAGGAGUAUAAGCAGAAGAAAGGAGCUGUGGGCGGGGACGGGAAUGGUACUGUAGAGAAGCCGAGGGAUUCCGGCCAAGAGAUGAUGAAUUCAAGGAACUUGGAGUUUGAACGGAAUAAGGUAAGUAAGAAAGAAGAGAUUAAAGUUUCCAGUAUUGACUUUUUGGGGCUUGAUUUUUCUGAGAAAAAAAGGCACAGCGGAGUGCCACCUGGGUUAGCUCCAGUUGUGGAACCUCUUUCAGGAGGGGAUUUGCCUGAAGUGGAAAUUAUUGUUGGGGAUCCCAGUAAGUUUGAAAGUACAACACCAUCAACAACUAUGGGUUCGACAGAAGCUGAUGAUAGCACAGGACCAUACAAGUCCAAGGUUUCUACAUCAGGUACAUCAACUACUAUGAAUUCAAAAGAAGAUGAUGAUAGUAUGGGACUAUACAAGCCCAAGGUUUCUACAUGGGGUGUCUUCCCAAGGCCCAGCAACAUUUCAAAGACGUUUGGUGGUGGAAGGGUUAUUCGGCCAGGAGAAGUGCUUGAAACUGCCGAAGACAAAACAGCCAAGGAAAAAUGUAGUAGAGAAUUAAUUGCAGCUUACAAGAAUAAGAUGGGCUUGACAAUUGAUGCAAAAACAAAAUUUGAGUGCCAGGAGGCACUGAAGGAAGGUGAUAACUUGAUGGAUCUUGGAAAACUACAAGAAGCAUUGUCUUGUUAUGAAAAAAUAAUGAAGAAAUUGGUCUUUCAGAGUGAACUUCAUGGAAUGGCUGCUUUGCAAUGGUCUAUUUGUCAAGAUUCACUAAGAAGGCCGGAUAAGGCAAGAACCAUGUACGAGAAGCUCCAAUCUCAUCCAAAUGUUCAAGUAAGCAAGAAAGCAAGGCAGUUCAUGUUUAGUUUUCAGGCUAUGGAAAUGAUGAAAGUCACAAGCUCAUCCUUCUCACCGAGAACUGGCUAUGAAACAUAUUUUGAAGCAUUUGUGGAAAAUAAGGAUAACUACACUUCCGCUGAUGAGGAACAAAAUGAAGGUGCACUAAGACAGGGCCUCCCAUACAUCAUAUUUCUUAUGUCUCCCGUAUUUUUCGUGCUUUUUAUUGCUGUAAGAAAAUCCUUUCAGCUUUAGUUCGUACUGGCGUUGAGAUGUCCAGAAAAAAAUCUGCUAUUUUUUGUUCAUAUAUAUGAUUCCUCAUUCAUUUCU